CUCUUUUCCUCGCUGCGCUCCUCUGUCUCUCUCCCUCCAGAAGAAAACACCAAACAGACGGAGUCCAUUCAAACCAACACUCCGAGAAAAAAGACCCAAACCACGAGAGGAGGAGUAUUUAGAGCCCGGAACAGGUGGAAGGAAUACAACUUGUUGGUUUCUGUUUUUCUUUUGAAAACAACUAAAAGUGACUGGAAGGUUUUUAUGGGGGGAGGAAUGAUGAGGAUUUUCAGCGCCGCGCUCCUGAUGCUCGUUCACGCCUUGGUGGUGUCCAGACCGACCAGCGGUGCUGCGGUGGACAGGUAUGAGAGUGACAGGCAGCAGCACACCGUCAUCAACUUCAUGGACACAACCAAAGACAGGAGGGCAGAGGGUGAGAGCACGAGCGCGACGACGGUGGAGCAUGGCCAGGGAGGCGAGGAAGAGUACGACGAUGAAUACUACUAUGAAGACGAGUAUGAGGAUGGCAUAUCUGGAGACUAUGACAUGGGGGUGCCACGAGUGUCCAAGUCGAGCCAACCCAAAGACCCGUCUGCCAUCCUGGAGACUGAGAGCAUAGAAGGAAAGAGGAGGAGGGGAAAGGGGAGAAAGAGGGCGAAAGGAAAGGGACAGAAGAGGAACCCGUGCCUGAAGAAGUACAAGGAUUUCUGCAUUCAUGGCACCUGCCAGUACCAUAGGAACAUCCGCCAACCGGCCUGUGUGUGCCACCCGAACUACUCUGGCGAAAGGUGUGAGUUCAUCACGCUGCCCGUGCAGUCCCCCGAGGGAUACAACCGGACCACGGCUCUGGCUGUGGUGGCCGUGGUGCUGUCGUCCGUGUGCCUCACCAUCAUAGGACUUUUAUUAAUGCUCAGGUUUCACAAGCGAGGGGCGUAUGACGUAGAGAACGAGGAGAAGGUCAAACUGGGGUUAGCAUCCAACCACUGAAGAGACAAUGAGAGACAAAGAUGCAGAAAUUCUACCUCAAAAUAGAAAAAGAGAAGGGAACCAGAGAAAGAGGAGGUCCUACAGGAAAAAAGGAACGUACGCAAAGAAAAAGGAACAGAGGGUGUUGUCUGUGUGAUCCUCCACUGGACGUUCAGGCGAACCUGUGUCCCUGUAGAACUCAGAAGUAAAAGCGGGGCCGUCUGUUACUGGAAUACUCAAUGGCCCCAGACGAUGGAGCGGAGACAUGACGAGUGUGAGGUGAUGAAGAUGAAGGAAGGAACCGGGGGAGAAGAGGAAGGGACAAGUCUAGACUCUGUGCUGCUUCUUGACUGUGUGAAAAGUCAUCUCAGACUGAACUGAACAAGAAACGUUUUUUUCUUUUUUGGGAAAAUGGGAGCUCAACCUGGAUUUUUUUUGUUUGUUUUACAAGUCCAUCUUUUUUUUGUGUACAGUAAACGAUAUAUUUAUAAUUCUAAUUUAUUUAUUUAAGCUAACUGUAUUUAUAGAGAUUUUUAACCGCCCUCUGCAGUUUUUAAAAUAAUGAUGUUACAGUUGUUUUUAUAUUCCUUAUUGGACGAUAUUUAUUUAUAAACACAAAAGCAAAAAAACGUGGAAGCUCCUCUUAAGUAUUUCAUGGAAAAAGAGAUAUGAUGUACAAACACCUUAAAUUGUUGGCACUCAAUAGAUGAUCAAUCGUACUGUGAUUAAUAAAUUGAUCAUUGAAUUGAUAUAAUGUUUUUUUAAAUUAUUAUUCGGUGGGGUAUCAAUUAAAGCAAAACACCACUCACACAGCAAUACACCUGGAAAACUCCUGCCAGUUGGAUCUGUCAGUGUCUAAGCAGCUCCACUGUAACCGGUGGGGGGUUCAUCGCCUUGCUCAAAGGCACAGAGGUAAUGGUAAUGAGCGAAGAGGGGGGAGGCCCUGCUCUUUCACUUUCCCCACUUAAAUGUAUCCUGCAGGUUCGGGGAUCUUUAGGCUUAGUGUUAUGAGUCAGUGUCAUUACAUUAUGAUGCAGCUUACUGGCUAUGUAUUGAUUAUAGGCAACAUUAACACUGCACUCAGCGUAUGUAUUGCUAAGAAACUUUUUAAAAGGGAGUCAAGAAAAUAAAAUGCACUGUAGCAGGAAUUUGGUAUAAAUACUUUGUACUGUCAUGUUGUCUUAUCAUCAUCAUCAGAGGAGGAGAACCUCCCUCACAUCCGAGUUAAGCUGUCAUGGGAAAAAAUGUGAAUUCAAGUGUUCCACCCUUUCAAAUCCUGUCCUGCAGUUUUGAAGUGAUUUUUAUUUAUGUGAUUUUUUUUUUUUUCAGAGCAAGCAAAAAUAAAAAAAGAUUAUCUGAA